CUUUUCGCUGCUACGAUACUCGAGCAACAAUGCUGAUCAAAGAUAGGAUAUGGAUUGCUUAUGUGUGCAUAGCCGUCGGCCUCUUCUAUGCAACAUUUCUAGUGUUCAAUAGUGGCAAGACACAGCACAUCACUUCGGCAGACUGGCCACUGUUUGGAAGCAGCGAUACAGCACUUGGCAAGGAAGAAAGCGAUUCCUCGAGUUCAUCUCAGGCACCGGAAUGGAACGACGCCACGACUUCACCGACUUCUCCGCAUGGCAGUCCGACACUCGCGAUUGCGACUUUCCUGACCGGCCAAGCCAAUGACGACACCUACUUCAAUCUGACCCGUCUGCUUGCGUAUCAAUUAUUGCAGGUACCCGAGACGCGCAUCCAAAACCCCGACAUUGGCUUUGUCGUCCUCUGCGGCACCAAGCUGCCCGAAGCGAAACGCGAGAUCCUCCGCAAAGACGGCGCAACCGUCGUUCCGCUCGAAGACGUGACAUUGCCAUCAUGGAUCCACUCCGUAGAGCCACGAUGGUCCGAACAAUUCACCAAGCUGCGCGUCUUCGAGCAAACGCAGUACUCGCGCGUCCUCUACAUGGACGCCGACUACAUGAUCAUGCACCGUAUGGACGAAAUCUUCCGCGAGCCCAUCGUCACGCAACUCACCCCCACACUCUUCACACGCAAGGAGGAAAUCAAGCAAGACGAGGGUCCACUCCCGAAACAAUGGCUCUUUGCCGGCCGCUCCGAGAACGGCGGCCAAGGCGGCUUCGACCACUUUGUCCCCCCCGUACAAACCAACUACGCCAAUGGCGGCUUCUUCAUGGUGGCGCCGCAGCAAGACAUGUACGACCAUCUCAUGAACGUGAUGCAGAUUGAGGGCCGCUUCGACACGCACUAUAUGGAGCAGGACAUGCUCAACUAUGUCUUCCGCAGAGACGGACCGAUGCCGUGGCGUGAGCUGGAUUGGAAGUGGAGUUCGAAUUUCGCGAAUCAGCGCGAUGUCGAUGCCGGGGUGCAUGCGUUGCAUGGCAAGUUUUGGGGCGAAGGGCCGCAGGCUGUAAGGCAGAAGUUUAGGGAGCUGGUGAAGCAGAUGGAGGAGCGGGAUUCGAAGAGGGAGAGGGCAGGGAGGGUGUGAAGAGGUUCUAUGUGUGAUACCCAAUUUAUACUAAAUGUUAGAAUAGUAUUUGUAGAAGUUUGAUGCGUGUAUGUUUAGCAAUGUUUAGAAAUGAUUCACUG